AUGAAUAUAUCUAGAUUGGCCAAUAUAUCAUCUGUUGUUGCAAAGACAUCAAUGUCUUCAACAUCACUAUCGACAGCGAUGAUAACAAAGGAUUUGAUCAUACCAUCAUUGUCUAAAGUACAGACAUCUACAGCAUCACUGUUGUUGACGACCAAUGAUAGAUCGUCGAGAACAACAAUGAAUGGAUACUUAUCGACCAACUCACCAAUGGCAUACUACGGCGCACCAUACCCUCCUCCCCACCCUCAGUUCUUUGCCAGCGCCGCCGACCCCUUCAGAAAGAAGGCCACCACCAUUCUCUCAGUGCGUCGCGGCAACAAAGUGGUGAUCAUCGGCGAUGGACAAGUCACACAGGGCCACUCAAUCGUCAAGCCCAACGCAAAGAAGAUCCGAAAGUUGGCCGACGGCAAGAUCGUCGCUGGCUUUGCCGGUUCAGUCGCCGACGCCUUCACGCUGUUUGAGCUGCUCGAGAAGAAGCUGACAGAGCAUCGCGGACUCUUGCUAAAGUCGUGCGUGGAGCUGGCGCAGCAGUGGCGCACAGACAAGUUCUACCGCAAGCUAGAGGCGUCGUUGAUCGUCGCCGACAAGGACAUCACAUUGAACAUCGAUGGCAAUGGUGAUGUGCUCGAGCCAAACGAUGGCAUUCUGGCCAUUGGCAGUGGUGGCGAGUUUGCACUGGCUGCCGCACGCGCACUUCUCACCGUGCCUGAUCUGGAUGCUGAGGACAUUGCACGUCGCUCAAUGAAGAUCGCAGCAGACAUCUGUAUAUACACCAAUCACAACUUCAUCCUGGAGACCAUCCAUUCAGACAAUGUCCAAAGCGCACAGCCAACAUCACCAUCCCUUGAUCUCUCUCAGCAGGCACCCAACAAAGAGGCAACAGAGAACAAUAACAAGUAA